AUGUUGUGGCCAUCCUCCGGCGGCCACAAUUCCCCAUUGCACGCCCAAUCCAACAUAACUAUUUCUUCGAGCGUGAAAUGCGAUCCCGACGUCAACAUGCUGCGGAAGAUGGACAUUUCUAAACUGGCCAAAUACACACGUCGCGAAAUUCUGGUGGAUUUCUCUGAAGAGGACUUGCCCAUGUUGCCCAUGACCCAGCACGUCAACCAGCCCGUUUUUGGUGAAAAGUACAAUCAGCCCAAAAAAGAUGAAAUCGAGGGACCGCUGGACCGCUGCUCGGUUGCCACCCCCUUGACUAUCCGGGUUCCGAAGCCCCCAAAGGUUCCAGACGCAUCACAUAUUGACUUUGGCGUCGCUACUACCGUCUCACGGUUGAACGAGUCCCUGGAUCAGUUUGUGCACUGGGCUGGGUACACGCGCACGCGCAUUUUUGCGCUUAUCGAACCCGAUGAGUCGGGGGUCGGAGUUCAAAGUGUCCGCGCCAAGGCGGACGCGCUCGGAGUCAAUCUCCAUAUCACGGAGGCAGACGAUGACUAUCUGCACCGGUACUUUGCGCUGAUCCCCCUGUUGGAGAACAACUUGCGCGAAUCGACACAGUGGUCAAUCAUAAUCGACGACGAUACGUUCUUCCCAUCGAUGCCCGCGCUCGUGGACGCGCUCGCCGCCUAUGACCACACCAAACCCAUGUACAUCGGCGGAGUGUCAGAGGGUGUCCCACAGAUUGCGGUAUUUGGACUAAUAGCAUUCGGAGGCGCAGGCGUCAUCCUGUCGCGACCACUGCUGUCAGAUCUGACCACCGUCUACGACGAGUGUGAGCGAAUGACUUUCACCGGUGACCGUCGCAUCGCAAAUUGUAUCUACCAGUACACCACCACUCGUAUGACGGUCGACCACCGUUUCCAUCAGCUCGAUCUGAUGAGGGAUGCCUCUGGCUUCUUCGAGUCUGGUCGCGAGCUUCCACUCUCGGUGCACCACUGGAAAUCCUGGUUCCAGGCCGACAUCCCCAAGCUCAGCGUUAUCUCCGAACUGUGCGGACCCACUUGUCUGCUCCGCCGAUACAUAUUCAGCGAUGGCUGGAUGUUAACCAAUGGUUACUCUGUUGUCAAAUACGGUUGGGCUCCAGGACCGAAGGAUCUCAGCAUGGAAAUGACUUGGGAGCCACACAAUGGCGCCAACGUCGAAUCCUACCUCCACGAACUCGGCCCAUUGCGCCCCAAAGACUACGAGAAAGUCAGUUACUUACUCGCAGAUUCCGUCGUCGAGGAGGACGGCAGCGUUAGACAAUGGUAUGUCAAACGCGACCCGGAUACAGGCGAUGAUAUCCUGGAGCUCUCAUGGAUGAAACGGUAG